CUGACAUGCGUAGAACUCAUGCUGUAAACUCUCCAGCGUUUCCUCACACGCAACCUUCACAAUCACUACAAACUCUCUCUCUCUCUCUCUCAUCUCUUUUGUAUAUAAAAACAAAGUUGUUCCUUGAAUUUUAUUAGUUUCAUCAAUCAACGCUCACGUUUCCAUUUCUGGGUAAUUUGAUGGCUUUAUGUGGAAUUGGGUUUAAUUCGGGAUUGAAUGGGAUUGGAUUUAAGCAAUACAGUAGAAAUUCAUCCUCAGUAAUACUAAUUAAACCUACCGCUAGUACACAUUUGGUUAGAAGAAAGAGUAAUAAUCCAGUGCGGAGACGAAGAUCGAAUAUAAAUUGUUCCACAAAGAAGGAUGAUCAAAUUGUUGAAUCCGUUACUGUUGAUGAAAAGCUAGGACCUGUUAUGAAGUUUAAAAUGUCUGACUUUACGAUUUGUGAUUGUACUAGCGUUGGACUCGGUGGUAGGGCAGAUGAGAUUGUAUUCGAAGCUAUUGUAAAUAAUCCACAAAGUCCCUUGUAUAAUUCGAGGGUGGUGCUUCGAAGAUAUACUAGUUCACAAGCUCAGCGCAGAGGGAAACGGGCCAUAGAGGUGUUAAAGAAGCUCGCACGACGGAAAUUUUUAUAUCAUUCAUAUUCAAUGCAAGUUCAUGGCUACGUGGCUUCUUCUGGUAGCACUAACGAAAGCUCAUUUACUCUUGUUCAUGGGUAUCACGGUAGUUACUCUCUAAGACAUUGGCUCCAACUUCCGGAUUGGCUUCCAACCUUAGAAGCUACUCUAGCAUUGGAUGAGGAGAGUGUAAGGAAGGUGGGAGAUGACAAAGUUGGAGGAUCUGCAAUCUCCCGGAAGUUGCGAAUUAUUCGGAUUCUAAUGAGGGAUCUUUUGGUUGGCGUGAAUUAUCUACACAGCCAUGGACUCGCCCAUACUGAGCUAAAGCUAGAAAAUGUUCAUAUAAGUCCAUUGGAUAGACAUAUCAAAGUAGGAAUUCUGGGCAAUUCGUCGGACUUCUAUGAAGACAAUCCAGGUAACAGCACACUAGAUGCCAACAUGGACAGGCGCCAAAUGAUGAUUGCAUUUGACAUGAGAUGUGUUGGUUUUAUGAUGGCAAAAAUUGUAUUGCGGGAGCUUAUGGACCCUAUAGUUUUCAUGACAUUCAAAUCCUUCCUCACUAAGGGAAAUCAACCAUCAUGCCUACGUGAGUUUCUCUUGCCAAUUCUCUGCAAGAACUCUCCAUCAGGAAAUGCUGGUUUGCAAUUACUUGAUAGGAAUUGGGGUGCAGGUUGGAACCUUUUAUCAUCGUUGCUUGCAACAAAACCUAGCGAGAGAAUACAUUGUCUGGAUGCUCUAAGACACCCAUUUCUUUGUGGACCAAGAUGGCGUGUAUACCCGCCCAUGGACAUGAUCAGGUGGGGUCUAGGUUCUACUGCUGUUCGGAUUACAGAGGAAUAUAUUUAUGGGCGACAUCAGCGUAGCAGGCUAGCACACUUCAUCGAAUUGAUGGAGAUGUUAAAUCCCAAUCAAGAGCCCAAGAACUGGCUCGAGUUCCUUCCAGGAAAGUGGCGUCUGUUGUACUCUACUGGAAGGCACAUUGGUUUAACUCUUCGGCAACCUUCUACGAGGGUUCUAAUCGGUGAUGUGUACCUCAGUAUAUUACAGGCUUCUGCAACGAUAGACACCAUCACGCUCACUUCAAAUAUUAAUUUCUCAGUCUUGGUUGGCCCAGAUUGGCCGCAUGAAAAGCGCGGCAUAUCUGGGAAGUUGAAAGUAGAUUCUGUAGUUAGGGUAACAGCUGGGAAGAGAAAAUACCUCAAGGAAGAGACCGGUGAAGCAAAAAAUAUUUCUUACUCAUCGAACACAAAAGAUCAAGUUGCUCAAAGACCGUCUAAGAACUGGAGAAGGGCUAGUCCUGUUAAAGAACCUCCAUCUAGCCUUCCAGUUGCUAAGCUUGCUUCGGGUGAGAUCGAGGUAACAAUGAAUCUCGAUGAUUCGUCAUUGCAGAAGGUUAAUAUUGCAAAGAAUGUAAUUCAGGAGGUCCGAACAUUGGUUCCCCCAGAAAUAUUUGAUGUGUCUAAACUAGUGUGCGGGACCUUUUUGGAUUCUAGACUUCUAGUCCUUCGAGGGGUAAAUGGAUCUGCGUUGCUUUUUACCAGAUCAUGUAGAUAACAGAACAAAACAAAAAAAGAAAAAAUUGUAAAUCUGGUGUGUGAAGUUCGAAAGGUUGUUCCAUAGAGGGAAAAAAAUAUGGCAACAGUGAUUGACAAUUACUGUAUGUAUAUAUUGUGAUUAUCCAAGAAUUGAUGUACAUAAGUAACAUAAGAAUAUAAUUUACUCUGAA